ACUCUGGAGACACAGGAGCAGAACAACACGUUUAGCACAGGGAAGAGGCGUACGGUCCAAGCACACGGUACAGGUCCAGUGUUGAACAUGUCCAGCCCCAGCGAGCUCAAGUCGACCUGCGUGACUCGCAAUGGUCUGGUGAAGUUACCCCCUACCCAGCCCAACGGCCUGGGCAGUGCCAGCAUCACCAAGGGCACUCCUGCCGCCAAGAACCGCCUGUGCCAGUCCUCAUCUGUGCCCGCCAUCCUGCCCCCACCCUCCACCUCCCUGCACUACCACCACCAUCACCACCUGGACACCACCUCCUCCCUCCUGACCAACGAGCUGGACUCGGGGAAGCCUCUGGGGCUGAAGUCCUCCCUGCGGGGGCUGGCCCCUCUCAGCCUGCCCAAGCCCGUGCUGCUGGAGCGACAGCUGGUGCUGGAUGAGAAGCUGCUCAACCGACUGCUCUGGUACUUCACCACGGCUGAGAAGUGCGUCCUAGCGCAGGUCUGUAAGACAUGGCGUAAAGUCCUGUACCAGCCCAAGUUCUGGGAGGGGGUGACGCCCAUCCUGCACGCCAAGGAGCUGUACAUGCUGUUGCCCAACGGGGAGAAGGAGUUUGUGAGCCUGCAGGCCUUCGCCCUGCGGGGCUUCCAGUCCUUCUGUCUGGUGGGGGUGUCAGACCUGGACAUUUGUGAGUUCAUAGACAACUACCCCCUGUCCAAGAAGGGAGUGAGGUCCCUGAGCCUCAAGAGGUCCACUAUCACAGACGCAGGGCUGGAGGUGAUGUUGGAGCAGAUGCAGGGCCUCAUGCACCUGGAGCUGUCUGGUUGUAAUGACUUCACGGAGGCGGGGCUGUGGUCCAGUCUGAACGCCCGCCUCACCUCCCUCAGCGUCAGCGACUGCAUCAACGUAGCCGAUGACGCCAUCGCCGCCAUCUCGCAGCUCUUGCCCAACCUGUCCGAGCUCAGCCUGCAGGCCUACCAUGUGACUGACACCGCCAUGGCCUACUUCACCGCCAAGCAGGGCUACACCACCCACACCCUGCGCCUGCACUCGUGCUGGGAGAUCACUAACCAUGGGGUGGUGAACAUGGUGCACAGUCUGCCUAACCUGACCGCCCUGAGCCUGUCAGGCUGCUCCAAGAUCACAGACGACGGGGUGGAGCUGGUGGCAGAAAACCUGAGGAAGCUGCGCAGCCUGGACCUGUCCUGGUGCCCGCGCAUCACCGACAUGGCCCUGGAGUACAUCGCCUGUGACCUGCACAAGCUGGAGGAGCUGGUGCUUGACCGGUGUGUGCGUAUCACAGACACGGGCCUGGGGUACCUGUCCACCAUGUCGUCCCUGCGCAGCCUCUACCUGCGCUGGUGCUGCCAGGUACAGGACUUUGGGCUGCAGCACCUGUUUGGGAUGAGGAGUCUGCGCCUGCUGUCACUGGCAGGCUGCCCCCUUCUGACCACCACGGGCCUGUCCGGACUCAUCCAGCUACAGGACCUGGAAGAGCUGGAGCUGACCAACUGCCCCGGAGCCACGGCCGAGCUCUUCAAGUACUACUCCCAACACCUGCCCCACUGCAUGGUCAUCGAGUAG